AGGGACGCAGCCCUCUGAAGUCUAAUCUGCUUUACAGGACUGUCAUUUAGGUCGUGUUUAUAUCUUAUCUAGCUGUAUGUAGGAGCUCCGGUUCAAAACACGAUCAGUGUUCCAGGUUGGACUGCGGUGAUGGCGGACCACACCGACGUCAGUCUGCAGCCGGAGGAGCGAGUCCGCGCUCUGACCAAGAAAGGAAGCACGGUGGAAGUGAACGACGAUGUGCCACCGCGCCGAUACUUCCGCUCCGGGAUGGAGAUGAUCCGCAUGGCCAACGUUUACACGGAGGAGGGCAACAUCGAGCACGCCUUCGUCCUCUAUAAUAAAUAUAUCACGCUCUUUAUAGAAAAACUUCCCAAGCAUCGGGAUUACAAGACUGCUAACAUUCCUGAGAAGAAAGACACACUAAAGAAACUCAAGGAUGUCGCCUUUCCUCAAGCGGAGGUUCUGAAAAAAGCUCUUUUGAGGAGAUUUGAACAAGAACAUGCACAGUACCUUGUCAAAAAGAAAGCGGAGGAUGAGAUCAUGAUGCGUGAGCAGUCCAAGCAGCGAGCGCUGGACGCCGAGCGGGAGCGCGUGGCCGAGAUGCAGCGCCGGCAGCGGGAGCAGGAGCAGUUCAGUGCCUUCGAGGAGAUGAUCCGCCGCCAGGAGCUGGAGAAGGAACGCCAGCGAGUGCUCCUGGAGUUCGCCACGCCCGCCACUCCUUCCCCAGACAUGCCCCUCCUUCCAGGCAUCCAGGGUCCACCGACCACCGCCCCGACUGCCCCGCUGAGCCCAGGUGAUCUACCCAUUGCCAACCACCAGUACAAUCGCCCUCCAGCCACCAUCGGCUCACCUGCCACCGCCCCGCCAACCUUCGACCGGUCGCUCAAGCCGGGGUCGCUGGUGAGCCCGGGGAGCCACAAUACAAUGGUGGAUGCCCUUCGGCAGUUGGCCGUUCCCGCUGAGCUGUGCCGGAGCUUCCUAAGGCUGGCCGAGGCCAACACAAGCCGAGCUGUAGAAACUUGCGGCAUCCUGUGUGGCAAGCUGACUAGAAAUGCGUUCACCGUGACCCACGUCAUCGUACCAAAGCAGUGUGGCGGACCCGACUACUGCGACACAGAAAACGAAGAGGAGCUCUUUCUCAUACAGGACCAGUAUGAUCUCAUCACUCUGGGCUGGAUUCAUACUCACCCCACACAGACGGCCUUCCUGUCCAGCGUCGACCUCCACACACACUGCUCCUACCAGAUGAUGCUGCCGGAGGCCAUCGCUAUCGUCUGCUCGCCCAAAUUCAACGAGAUCGGCUACUUCAGGUUGACAGAUCGAGGAACAGAUGAAAUCUCCACGUGUAAACAGAAAGGCUUUCAUCCUCACAGCAAAGACCCUCCUCUAUUUACACACGCAGGACACGUGAACAUCACAGAUGACACGGUGUCCAUGAUGGAUUUGCGGUGAUUUUUUAAAGGUUUUUUUUUUUUCUCUACCAGAACACUCACUGACUGUUUUAUCAAACAGGAGACAUUUUAUCUGAGAAAAACACUCAUCUCAUUUUCAGGAUGGUACUGAGCGAACGAGGCCCUGAGUUUACCAUUUACACGGACUUCAGUUAUUCUAAUUGUUCUCAAAGGGAACAAACAUUACAAGUUUCUUUUUCUUUCUUUUUUUUUUGCUCUGUAAAAAUGAUAUUAUCACAUAUUGUUGCACUUUCUGAGCAAAUGACUAAUAUCUAACUAACGGACCGGCAAACCUCUGGCUCUCGAACCCCCCCUCCCUCUCCCCCCUCCACCUUCCUCUUGUGUCCCGUCCUUUAAUGUUUCUUGUCAUUAAUUAAAAGAGAAUAUGUUCAUCAGAUGAUAAGUGGCAGGAAACCCCCCGACCUUCUUUGUUUCAUCGCUUUCAUCAAAGUGUGUUUUCCUGCCUGACAGAUUAAAAAGUGCCAAGGAUUGAGAACGUUUUCACUCGUUGAAUUAUUCAUUGUGAGGCGUAAAAACAUUCAAUAUGAAGUCUGUAAUUG